CUAGUGCCCCACCUGCACUCCCUCAAAGUCAAGUUCAAGUUCAACCUCACACCUUCCCAACCCUCACCAAUAAUCCUCAAGAUGGGCCGCGCCACAAUCCGCACGAAAAAGAGCCACCCGUCCUCCUCUUCGGGAGCAGGAGCAGCGACAUCCUCGCUCACGCCCUCGGCGGGAGCGUUGACGUCGCGCAACCCGAAGAAAUCCGUGCGGCUCGCACGACACGCGGACUUCAUCUCACGGAUCGAGAAGAAAGCGGCGCCGAGCAAGAUCAUGAAGCGGCGGCGACCCAAGACCAACACCGCGCUGCUGGGGAGCAUCGACUCGCUUGCUGCCGCGCUGCCCGAGGCGCUGGCUGGCGCCGAGGAUGCUGGCACCGAGGGCGCAAUGCGUGAGCGUAAGGGCGGAAUGGGCAGUAAGGCGAUCAAGUCACGUCCUGGCGCUAUGGUGCGCAAGGAGAGGUUGCUCAAGAGUGAGUGUGAGCGGUUUGGCAAGAAUUUGGCGAUUCUGGAGGGCGAGAAGGGGCAGAAGAAGGAGGGUGUUGUCGGCGGCAGUUGGGCGACGCUGAGGCAGUUUAUUGGCGCGACGUUGGAGAAGAAGGAGGAGUUUGUGGAGAUGGAGAUGAAGGCUGCGGAGAAAGCGGCGGGCACUGCGGCGAUGGAGGUUGAGGUGUAGGGGAGGGAGAGAGCAGCUUGGGUUUCAUCUGGAGUUUGGAGUGCCUCUUUUUCUUUCUUUGGGUCGACUUAAUGUUGUGUCACUGGGUUCUGCUACGAGAAUGAAGUGGU